AUGGCGGCUCCAUCUGUUCCAGCACCUGCCCCAUCUGUUGGAAAGUCUUGCAAAUCCAAGGCAUGCAAGACGGUGUUUUCACUCUCUCAUGAACACCCCAUGGUGUUUCCCGAUAUCUCAGCUGACAUUGUCAAUGUUACACCACCAUCUGAAGUGGUGGUGCCCUCUCAAGCCAAGGACCAUUCUCCUGUUCCGAUUGAUUCCUCUUUGGCGGCUAGGCCGAGCCAGUCCAAGAAUAAUUUUGUGACUCCCAAAAGGAAAUUGGGAUUGGACGAGUCCUCUUCUCCCUUGACUGCUACCAAGAAACGACUGAAGGCUCAUCCUCCAUCUCUGUCUUCCUCCGAAUCUGAUCCUGAGGAAGAAAAGUCAGAAUCUGAAGCAACCCGUGAUGCCACAUUGUCUGAUGAAACGGUUCCUGACAAUGCAGAAUCAGAAGCUGAGUCUGAUGAGCCAGAAAAAGAAGACAUUGUUCCCUCUGAACAAGAAGCUGAAUAUGACUCAGAACAAAUUGCAACUCCUUUGUCAUCCAAGGCUAAAGGAAAAAGACCAAUUUCUUAUCCUACACCUUCUCCAAAACGUUCAGGUGUCAAUUUCAAACCUUAUUCUUCAACUUUUUGUUAUAAUGAUAAUGCUCGUGAUAUGGUUCUCUAUGCUCAAAGGAAAUUUAUCAUUGAGAGAAAUUAUGUCCUGAGUGAUCAUCGACCUUAUGGUGUGUUAACAAUGCUUCAAGAUAAAAAAUGGACAGGUUCUUUGGUUAAAUUUACUGGUUUUGUGGAUAGAAUAGUCAAGGAAUUCUAUGCCAAUCUUACUAAUGAAAUUAUAGAACCUAAAUCUUCUGUGUAUAAUAAAGUUUUUGUUAGGGGCCAUUGGUUCUCUUUUUCUCCUCAAGACAUUGCUCUUGCUUUGCAUCUUCCCCUUGAUGUCGAGUAUGAUGUUGAUGGUGCCACUCUUGACAAGGACAUGGUUAUCACUGAAUUGGUUGGUCAAAAAAUGGUAUGGCCAUCUAAUACAGUCAUCUCGGUCUCCAAUCUCACCUACACUUAUGCUGUCAUCCAUAAGUUUGCCACAACAAAUUGGAAGCCCACUUCUCACACCGCAACUAUCUCUUUUGAUAUGGCUUCAUUUUUGUACAAGGUGGGGACCGGUCUUGGUAUAAAUUUGGCUUUGGUUAUUCAUGAUCAAAUCAUUGCAUUUCGCAAAGGUAAUAGGAAAAACUUGAAUCUUCCUUUUCCUCAAGUUAUUUAUAAAGUGUUGAGUAUGCAGAAAAACGAUCUCCAACGUGAUCAAGAAGACUUGGUGGCACCCACUACUGCUGCUUCCUACAAGGCCUCUGAUCCUCCUACUGAAGCCACUGCUGCUCCAUCCUCCAAGAAAGUCCAGCCCCAAUCUCUGAAGAUUUCCUUGGAUGACAUUCCUCAUGCCUCCUCCUCUGUUGCCACAGAUUCAGGACUUGUUGCAACAUAA